AUGCUGGUGGCAGUGACCGGCACGACCAGCGUGACCACCGUGUGAUUUUCCUCAGGCCUGGGCUCCCCGACCAUUAUGCGCUGCUGCCUCCGACGGCUGCAGCUGCUCUGCACCUGCGUGGCCUUCUUGCUGGGGGCCAGUGUGGGCACUUGGAGCGGGGCCCUAGGUAGCUGGCCCAUGUUCAUCUGGUGCUUCUGCUGCGUCCUGACCUUCAUCAUCCUCAUCAUAGAGUUAUGUGAGCUUGAGGAUCGAUUCUUCUUUUCCUGGGACAACUUUCUCACCACCUACAACUGCUACUCUGCCCUCCUCUGCCUCUCAGCCUCCAUCACCUACCCCAUCACCUACAUCCAGUUCUUGCCUGACAGCCGCUCCCGGGACCACGCCAUCACCUCCACUGCGUUCUCCUGUAUCGCUUUUGCCGCUUAUGCCAUGGAAGUGGCCUGGACCAGGGCCCAGCCCAACACGAUCACCAGCUACAUGGCCACCGUGCCAGGGCUGCUCAAAGGACUGGAGACCACCGUGGCCUGUGUCAUCUUCGCCUUCAUCAGCAGCCCCCACCUGUACGAGCAUCAGCCAGCCCUGGGCUGGUGCGUGGCCGCGUAUGCCAUCUGCUUCCUCCUGGCAGCCGUGGUCCUCAUGCUGAACCUGGGCAAAUGUGAGAACAGGAUGCCCAUCCCCUUCCCCAUUUUUGAGAUGGGGCUGACCCUGCUCUCUGUCCUCCUCUAUGCCAGCGCGCUGGUCCUCUGGCCUAUCUACCAGUUUGAUGAGAAGGUGGGUGGCCAGCCCCCACGCUCCAGCAAUGUGAGCUGCAGCCAAGAACCCAUCUACUCCAUGUGUGCCUGGGACCAGCGACUGGCUGUGGCCAUCCUGACUGCCAUCAACCUGCUGAUUUAUGUGACUGACUUAGUGUUCUUGGCCCUGAAUUUUGUAAAGGACUGA